GAAAUCCUGCCAAGCACGAUAACACAGCGCGAAAAAAUGGCUGCGUGAUUCGAUGUAGCCGUUUGCUUGCUUUGGCGUUCUCGACCUCUCUCUCGACUUCGCUGAAAUAAUUUUGUUGGUCGUAGUCGUUGUCUUGAUCUACACUAUGAAUGGUUAGCAGUCUACAGAGUUUGUUGGAGCCCAGUCACUUCGAUGGCUGCCAAGGUGGCUAUCAGUUCCCAGGCAUCUGCAACGUCCUGCAGCUCGGCAUCGUUGUUGAUUCAUUACAUUGACGGUUGCGUUAUCGAAGAGAGCGCCGAACCUUUUCCUGAUACAUUUCAGGUACCGGAGUUCGUUAUCCGAAAAGCCAAAGAGGAAAGGCUCGAGGCGGCUGGAGUUGAAGCCCGUAGGAAAGAGGCGAAGGCACAGCAGUAUCAGCUCAACAAGCAACAAAAGCAGCAGCAUCGACAGCAGCAGCAAACGUCACGUGGACUAGCACCGAAGAAUGACUAUGCUGGCUAUAGCUACCAUACCCGACCAGCGCAAGAGCAGGCGGUAGCGGGCGCACCUCGCCAACACCAACAGCAGCAUGGCUACCGGCGGUGUGAGAUGUGCGGAGUUAGCGAUCACCUGUCGCAGUUCAGCCGCUCUGGCCGCUUCUGUUCCGUGCAUUGCAUGCGUGCCUAUAGCAAUCAGUUCCGCGGGCCAAACCGGGUGCUGCAUGGGCGUGGUGGCGGAGUACGCAGCGCGGGACAGCCAACAGACAGUCGCACAGUAGCCAGUUAUAGCCACCACCAAGCUGCGGGAGCUGCUGCAGCUGCGGCAAGCAACGGAGUGGUUCACAAACGCGGGCGUGGCAGGCCGCCACUUGCAGCCAACAUACACAAAUACAUGCAACAGCAGCGUAUGGCAGCAGCAGCCACAGCAUCGCCAGUGCCAGUCGGACAGGUACCGUAUGCUGGCCAGCCUUCAGUGACGUACGGCGGUGCCACUUCACGGCAAUAUCCUGCUGCCGGUAAUAUGUAUCCAGCGGAUGUAAAUGAUGAUGAGGAGUACGGUGACGAUGGAAGUGACGAGGACUUCUUUGAUGGUUUCCUCAGAGAAACAGUACCACCCGUCGACGUUCCCAGCUCACUGCAGAGCACAGAUCCCAACAGCUGGAAUGCGCAGGACGUGAUGUCGUUCUUUCAACACCACGGACUGGACGGCGAGGCCAGGGUGCUGCGUGAACACGAGCUGGACGGCGAGGCGUUGGCAAUGCUCAGAUCGGAGCAUCUCGUUGCACUUGGCUUGAAGGUGGGACCCGCACUGAAAAUCGGACAGCUGGCAUCUCGCCUGCUCUCCGGCAUUGGGUGACGAAAACAAGGCAAGCGGCAUCGGCGAUGCACCGCAUCUCCGGAUCCAGAAGCUGCCAAGAACGAGACAAGCGAGGGCAGGAAAAGAAUGCGUUGCACACGCAGUUCUAACAAUGCUCAAGGGACAUGAUACAGUGUACCCAUUCUUCAGGCACCCACUGCUUGCUAGAUGCAGCAAGGCGGCUCGGAAUAUGAGAAGGAAGAGAGCCGCCGGCGCUCGGCUUUGAAUAAUAACCAUGAUACUACAGGGCUAUGUUGAACAUACCACUGACAUACAUGCAUACUACAGGUGAGAAUACUAAUGGCAUACUGUGAAUUCAAACGUUAUUUUAGUAUUAACCUUAACAUACAAUGUCCACGUUCUUGUAUUAAGUUAUAGUGGUAUUUUGUUGUCCUAUUUUGCAUGUGUAAGUUGUUCUCUUCAUUCUGGGUAGUUGCUUGUACCAGCCUGUGCUUGACAACCAGCUUCAUUUCUCACAUGUUUCCAUGGAAGUAGUUUUGCUUCAAACUGUAUCAACCAGUCACUGUCAUUACUGUUCUGUUUGUUUUCAUUGGUCGUCAGUUUGACUUGUGGUUAUAUCGUCAAUUCGUCUAUAAAAACUUAAUAUAGAACUGCUAUGAACUGCACUGCCCUGGUGGUGUCUUUUCUAAUUAAAACCGUGUUUGGCUUCCAA